CUCUUCUGCUCCUCCAGACGCGGAGCCUCUCCUCCCUAGGAGACCACAGGCCUGUCCUGGGUAGGCCAUAGCAACGUGCACCAGGGAGCAGGCGUCUGUCCAGGACGCUCUGUCUCUCCAUCUCUCCCUCUCUUAUGACAUUCCAGUGAGAGCUAGAGUCUUGCUUAACCCUCUUGCUGACAGCUGGCCACUGUGGAGGUGAAGGAGCCAGCUGGAGGCUGCCAUUCCAGGCCCCUGAUACACCUGGGAGGCUGCUUAGGGCCGGGACACCCAGAGGAGGUGCCACCUGCCUGGAAGCAGCCAUGCAGUGUCCUUCUAACUGAGGAGGAGGGGCCCAUGCCCAUCCAGCCAGUACCUUCACAGGGCAAGGAGAUGACAUCAGAGCACCUGAGCCCAGUCCAGCCUGGUGGGACAAAUGAACUGAGGGUGAUGUUGGACUCCGUAACUCAUAGCACCUUCCUGCCCAACACAUCCUACUGCGACCCCCUGAUGUCUUGGACCGAUUUGUUCAGCAAUGAAGAGUAUUACCCUGCCUUUGAGCAUCAGACAGGAGACCCUGCCCUCUCCCAGGAACCAGCCAGAAGCCUGAUCAGCCAGCUCCAGCCAGCAAUGGGGGAUCAAGGAAAGGGUAGUUGGCUCAAACCGUUUCCUCCAUGUUUUCAACUACCCGGCAGAGACUCUGACACCAACACUCACCAGCCUGGCAAAAUACAGGCUCCUUCAACCUGUGACUCCUACUGGACAUCGGUGCACCCCGAAUACUGGACCAAGCAUCAUGUCUGGGAAUGGCUCCAGUUCUGCUGUGAUCAGUACAAGCUUGACGCCAACUGUAUCUCCUUCUGCCACUUCAACGUCAGCGGCCUGCAACUGUGCAGUAUGACACAGGAGGAGUUCGUCGAGGCAGCUGGAAUCUGUGGGGAGUACCUGUACUUCAUCCUCCAGAACAUUCGCUCACAAGGUUACUCCUUUUUCAAUGAUGCUGAAGAGACCAAGAACACCAUCAAGGAUUAUGCUGAUUCCAGUUGCUUGAAAACAUGUGGCAUCAAGAGUCAAGACUGUCACAGUCGAACAAGCCUCCAAAGUUCUCACCUGUGGGAAUUUGUCAGAGACUUGCUUCUAUCUCCUGAAGAAAACUGUGGCAUCCUGGAAUGGGAAGACAGGGAGCAGGGCAUUUUCCGAGUGGUUAAAUCGGAAGCCCUGGCAAAGAUGUGGGGACAACGGAAGAAAAACGACAGGAUGACAUAUGAAAAGUUAAGCAGAGCCCUGAGAUACUACUAUAAAACAGGAAUUUUGGAGCGGGUCGACCGGAGGUUAGUGUACAAAUUUGGAAAAAAUGCACACGGGUGGCAGGAAGACAAACUAUGAUGGAUGCUGGACGCCAAGCUCAUUUGAUGGAUUUCUGUCGUCCCAAACAAUCAGCUCAAACAAGACAUUUGAAAGUCUUCUUCCUCCUCCUCUUCCUCCUCCCCCUCCUCCUCUUCAAAACCUACAAACACGCUGAUAAAAUUUCUGCACGUCUCAGCUUUCGUUUGGAUUCAGUUGUUGUCUAUUGGGGUGAUGGCAGAAACCCUUAAGCAAUCGUCUUCAUCCCAAGGGGGGUGGGGAGGACUGGUCUUUUGUGGCAAUUCGGUGAGACAUUGUUUCCCUAAUGAAGUGGUGUCUGGGGCCAAGGUAGGCAGAGU